AUGUCGAACGAUACAAAUAAUAACCCAAACUUACUGUACACGGAAAAGGGCCCCUCUCUCAAAUCUCAAUUUAAUGAUUUCUUUAAACAAUUUCCUCAUCAUUCUCUUGAAUAUACUAAAUCGAUUUUCCCCAUAAGAAAUUGGAUCGGAAGAUACAAUUUAACAUGGCUUUACGGAGAUCUCAUCGCCGGUUUUACUGUGGGCGCUGUUGUAAUUCCUCAAGCAAUGGGUUUCGCAAAUAUUGUCGGAAUACCAGUUGAAUAUGGUCUUUACUCCUCCUUCGUUGGCAUGACAUUGUAUUGUUUAUUCGCCACAUCCAAGGACAUGACGAUUGGUCCAACUGCCGUAAUGUCCAUUAUACUUGCUCAAACCAUACCACGCGUUAAAGCUGAUUAUGGUGAUACAGAUUUUCCAUACUUAAGCACGGAUAUUACCACAACUAUUUGUUUUUUCUCCGGGAUCAUUUCCUUAGCUAUUGGUCUCUUCCGUCUUGGAUGGUUAUUCAACUUCAUUCCUGGUCCAGUCAUUGCGGGCUACAUCUCCGCCUCAGUCAUAACCAUCAGCAUUGGUCAACUUCCGAAUCUAUUUGGAAUUACUGGUGUUGAGACAAGAUUAAAUCCUCCAUAUAGGAUUCUUAUAGAUUUUUGCGCAGGGCUACCUAGAACAAAGUCUGAUGUUGCAAUAGGACUCAUAUCGCUAGCAUUCCUUUACGCAGUGAAAUACGGGUGCGCAUAUGGUGAAAAACGCUCUACAAAAUAUAAAAAAGUCUUUUUCUUCUGCGGUAUCUUGCGGUACAUAAUCUGCAUCAUCGUCACCACUUUUAUCUCUUGGUUAAUCUUGAGAAAUAUCACGGACGAAAAACUUUUCCCAUUCAGGGUUGUAAAAAAAGUACCCCGCGGAUUAAACCAUGUUAAAGUUCCCAACUUUGAGCCUCAAUUAGUGAAUGCUGUAUUCAAAAGUAUUCAUAUCAUAGUUCUCAUUUCACUUCUGGAACACAUUUCGAUCGCAAAGAGUUUUGGGAGAAUUAACGAUUACAAAGUUCAACCGAGCCAAGAGAUAAUUGCUAUUGGUAUAACCAAUGUUAUCGGUAGUUUCUUGGGUGCCAUUACUGCCACUGGUUCUUUUUCACGUAGCGCCCUCAAAUCAAGAGCCGGUGUGCGCACGCCACUUUCCGGUGUCUCUAGUGCAACAUUAGUCAUCCUUGCUCUUUACGUGUUGACUCCCGCUUUUUUCUAUAUACCACAAGCCGCACUCUCCGCCGUUAUCAUUCAAGCCGUGAUGGUUUUAUUAUCAAGGCCUUCUUAUAUCAGGACAUUAUAUUAUAAUGGUAUCUUUGCUUCAUGGGGUUUCUCAUUUAUUGUCCUUCUUGCUCGCAUGGCCCGUCCACGUGUCGACACGUUAGGUCGCCUUGCUCUUGCCACUUUCAAUAGGAAAUCUGAUAAAUCUGAUGAUUCUAUUCCAAAAUACGCCUUUGUUCCGCUAGAAGAUCCUUCAUUCACGACGGUGGAAACUCCACCUGAAGGAAUAGUAAUUUUUCGCUUUACUGAAUCACUUACCUUCCCAAAUUCUAAUUAUAUCGAUGAUAGUAUUGUUGAAUAUAUCGAACUGCAUACACGUCGAUUGGCUGAUUUUGGGCGACAAAUCCCAAUCAUAACUGAAAGCAUAAACGAGAAAACAGAAAAUAAUAUCGAAGAAGGAAUAGAAUUUCCAAAAACCAAUAAACGAUUCUUCCAUUUAACAAUAGAAGAAGCCAUUGUUGAAGCUCAAAGUUGA